CAAAUUAAUUAAAAGAUUUAAAAAAAGAUUUCAACAGAAGCCUAAUAUGGUUAUUUUUAUAUGACUAAUCCUAAGUUAGCUUGGAUUUUGUAAAUUGCUAACUUCUGCUGAAAUAUAUUUAUUCUUGUACAUGCGGAAUUUUCCUGAGAUUAAGCCUUGAAUUAUAAGAAUCGCUCUCUUGUUGUUGCGUACAGCGGCUCUAUCGUGCAUCCGGCGGAUGUAGUGUUGAUAAAAACGAGUGACUAAAGCUCAGCUGAACUGCAGAGUUUUGUGCAAAAAAUGCUCGCCCAUUGCAAAUACAUUUCAGUUUUAAGUUAACUUUCCUCGGUGACAGUUCUUAGCCGCGGAUAAAAUGCAAAAAAUCAUUUUAACUUUCCUAUUUGGGAUAGCCCUACAAACGACCACUGCGGCUAGUUUAAGUUAUGCUACGUGCGAUAUUGAGCAAAUAUCAAAUAUUCUGGAGAAAAGCCUAAAUUCGUUUAAAAAGGUUUUGGAAGAGAAAUUGAAUUACUUUGAAGAUCGACUAAUACAAUCGGAUAACCAGCUGGACUUUUUUGGCGGAGCUUUGAGCAGGAGAUUUGAGAGCGUGGAAAAUCGACUAGCACAAUUGGAAUGCUUGAAAAAGUCAUCAGAACUCAAUGAAAAAUCCGAAACAUUUGAUUAUGGAUCCCGUGUUAGGAGCAUACUUGAUGGACUUUUCGAAAUGUACAAUGCAAGGAUCAGGGAAAGGGAAAUGAAUCCAUUAUACACUCGUGCUGAGCGCAGUGGCUUAGAAGGAUCUAGACAUCUUGCGAUUCCGGAGAUCACUGAAAAUCCACACAAUCUAAAUAUGAAUUCCAGGACAGAAGAACGAGUGAGGGAUAUCGCAAAGGAUCUGGAAAUACUUCAAAAAAUUUACAUUGGUCAGGAUAGCAUCAAUUCUGCAGACUCGGAGAAGGAAAUUAGUGAUUGGAAAAGAAUGCUAGAAAUGUUGAAUGCUAAUACGGCUUACGGGUCUAAAAACGAUCUAAAUUGGGAAGAGUUUCUACAGUAUCUGAUACAGCAAUAUGAUAAAAAUUAUAAAAUUGAUAACGGAAGUAAGCAGGAAGUUACAACGGAACUAAUUAACGGAGAAGACACAAGUACAGAGAGCCAAGCGCAUUUGGAUGGAGAAGAAGUAAGCUUUAAUUGGGAAAAGCUCUUAAAAGAACUGUCAGAAUUGGCGAAUAAUAAAAACAAUACAGAACCAGAACAAGAAUCACGUAAAACUGAACCCGAAUUAAAGGAAAAUGAAACUACUACGGAAACUAGUUUUGAUGACAGUACCACCAUAGAAGAGUUCUAUGAAACUACCACUGAUAUAAUCGAAUCGGAAACAACAGAAUCUCGUAGAAAUAAAACCGAAUUAAUAGAAAAUGAAAAUACUACAGAAGUUAAUUCUGAUGAAAGUACUACCAUAGAUGAGUUAUAUGACGAAACUACCACUGAUAUCAUCGAAUCGGAUACAACGGAAGAUUCAAUAGAAGAGCGGUUCGAUUUUGAAACUAUACUGAAGAAAUAUAUUAGCCUGAAAAAACUUGGCUUGAUUAAUUAUAAUCAAACUACAACUACCCCUUCACCGUAUUCUUUCGAAAAUCUAAUGGAGAUCUAUAAAAAACAGAAGACAGCCCCAGAAGAGAAGGUAAGACUCGUUUGAGCAAAAGAUGGUUUCCAACUCUUACCACAAGAUUUUCAAAAAUAAUUAACAUUUUUAGGAUUAGAAAUAUGUUAAAUAAUAAAUUCUCUAUUGACGUAUGAAGUUGUCGAAAGAUUAUACGAAAUUAAAAAAAAAUGUUAUAUAUGUAUCUCUUUAUCUAGAUCAGGGGUGCUCAACGCCUAUGUUCUUAGUUCUCAUUUGCUUUUGUAAAUGAUCUCUGUAUGUGGGCUUGCUCGCCCAUAAGCUUUGAGUGCACGCGGAGCUAUUCCACAAAAAAAUUUUUGUGCUUUUCUUUCCGCCUCAUUUCGUCACCAAUUCCAAUACAAUUUGUU